AUGAGCUCUCAAGGCAUAGACAACAAUAUCGCAGGCCGAUUGGCCCUGGUGACGGGCGCCUCAGGAGGCAUCGGAGGCGCAUCUGCUCGUUCUCUCUACCUUCAACAUGUUAACCUGGCACUUUCCUACAACUCGAAUGUCGACAGCGUGAACCAACUCGCCUCGAAGCUACAAGAGGAAUACAAGCAAGCGUAUCCUGAUCGAACCCCACCAAGAAUCUCGACACAUCAGGCAGAUCUAUCCGACACAGAGGCGACAAUUCAACUGUCUGAAAAGGCGAAGAGCGAGCAUUCCCAGGCAGUGGAUAUCCUGAUCGCAAAUGCGGGGUUCGGAAAGCGCAUUACCGACAUUGAAGAAAUUCCACUUGAUCUUUUCCAACACACGUUAAAUGUGAAUCUCCAAGCACCAUUCCUCCUGGCGAAGAGCGUGGUGGGGCACAUGAAGCAACAACGGUGGGGCAGAAUCAUCUUCGUAUCCUCAAUCGCCGGUUACGGCGUCGGGUUGAAUGGCUGCCACUAUGCGGCUUCAAAGGGCGGCUUGACCGCAAUGAUGAAGAACCUCAGUACUCGCCUGGCCGAAUACAACAUCACCGUCAACGACGUUUCCCCGGCCAUGAUUGGAGAGACCGGACUAAUCCCUAGCGGCGAUAGCGUCCCAGGCCUGGCCGAGAGCAUUCCUCUUAAACGACUAGGUGUGCCCUCGGAAGUUGCAAAUGUUGUUUCGAUGUUCUGUACGACUGGAUAUAUGACUGGACAAAGUGUAUUGCUGGCAGGAGGAUUGAAUCAUAAAUAA